ACAUAAACAAAACUGUUGUCUGACAACUAAACGCAAGGCAUAAAACAUGUCAGAGCCGGAGAAGAAGGAAGUUUCCGAAAAGGAAAAGGAAACAUCAAAGCAGGAUGAAAAAGAAAAAGACACGGCUCAAGGUGGGAAGAAGAGUCCUGUAAGUGGAAAGGCUAAGCCAGGAAGUGGGAAAAGGUCAGGGACACCCAGCAAGGGCAAUAAAGGUGCUGCUGAAAAAGGGCGAGCAACACCAAAAGGAAACACAAAGGCAAAGACCAAGGAGGAUGUGAAGGCACCAACACCAGACCCAACAGGGGAGGGGGAAGAAGAAGAAGAAGGUCUGCCAGAAGGAUGUGUACCACUUUUUAUGUCUGCCAAAUCCCAAGAAAUAUUUGGCUGUACAUGUGAUGUUGAUGUAACAGAAGAAAAUCCCAUCAAAGUCAUUAUGAAGGCUGAUAUUAUGGAAGAUUUCUUUAACAGGGCGGCUGUUUGUGAUUUCCAUCCUGUAAAACAGGCAGUACAGGAUUUUCCAUCAGACGAGAUUGUCAUUGUAUAUGAUCCUGACUUCAAGUUUGGGCAGAAUUUUUACAUUGCUAUCACAGAGGAAGCCAAGGAAAAAAUACUGAAUCCCUUUGGUCCUGAAGGAGAAGGAGAAGCAGGGGCAGAAAAAGAGGAAGAGGUGGUAUACAAGUACAUUCCACCCGAGUCUAAGGAAUGGGUAUCACAUGGUAGUGAAAAGGAAAUCAAGGAGGAAAAUGUUGUGGAAAACCGACGACGGAUAAAAAUUUCUGCUCGUCGUAUCAGGAAGGAAUUUGGUGCUCCUUGUAAUUUCCAAGACAGGAAUGUUGCCGAUGCUAAAGAUGCCUACGUUGAGUGUACAGCAUAUGAGGACCGUACUUAUGACCUUAAGAAAAUAGAAUUGGAUAAAAGUGUACAGGCGGUUCCAGUGCUUGUAGAAGAGGGGACAAAUACUGACUGGCGCUACCCAAGAAAUGCAAAUACACAGUAUUAUCCCCGUGAAUUCUCAGACAAAGAAAAAGAAACUAUUGAAAAAUCUACUGACUUACAAACUUUUGCUAAGGAUAUGGUUCCAAGAUUUGAACUUGCCCUUCAGCAGAACGAGAUUAUGGAUGUUUUCUAUAUUGACUGGCUGCACUUAGGAGAUGCUGAUGGAUCGUUUGGGAACAAAGCUGACAAUCACCUCAAGGAGUACCAGUCCUUUACAGACCUUCAGUUUAGUAAAGACAGAACCAUUACAGCUAUACAGUGGCAUCCCACCAUUAAAGGUGUAGUUGCAGUUGCUGUGGCAGAAAAAUUGAGCUUUGAUGAGAGAAUAGAUAACUGUGCCAAAGUGAUCAUGACACCAUCUCUAAUCCUGAUCUGGAGUUUUACUGACCCUAUACAUCCACAGCUGUUACUAGAAGCACCAGACGACAUCUACAGUUUCCAGUUCUGUCCCUCUGACCCUAAUAUAAUCUGUGGUGGUUGUUACAAUGGACAAGUAGUGUUGUGGGAUAUCUCUGCUCACGCUGACCGACUGAAGCAACAGAGAGGCAGCAACAGAAACAAGAAGUCUAAUGUUUUGCCUGGCUUUGAGGAUCCCAAUGCUUUAAAAACUCCAGUAGUCCGUUACUGUGCUGUUUCCAGUAUAGAGAACAGUCACCGAGCAGCCAUUACUGACAUACAGUGGGUUCCUGACCAUAUGGAGUUGAACAGGAUGGGUGUGCCCCAGGAGAACAAGGGUCUACAGUGCUGUCAGAUUAUGACCUGUGCCACCGAUUACUGUGUAUUAGUGUGGGACACUAGACCUGUGAAAGGUCCUGGACAACUCAUUACCACCAAGGAGACUGACAAAGGACCCAAAAACCCUAUAGGUGUUCCAAACACAUUCAAACAUUUGGACCUGUCAUGGAAACCUGUUCUCAAGGUGACACUUCAUAAAUCAGAGCCAGGAGGUGAUCACAGCCCUGUUAAGUUUUCUAUACAAGAAAGACAAGGAGACAGAGGAUCAUUAGGCAAAGCCACGGAUGGCACAGACCUGUCAAAGGAGGCAGCCAUGGGGGGUGGCUUUUACACAAAGCCAGGGUCUGGCAAGGACAAGAGAACACUGCAGAGUGUCAAGACUCAUUUCUAUGUUGGCACAGAGGAUGGUGAGAUAGUUUACGUCGACUGGAUGCCACAGAAAGAUCAAGACACAGGGAAAAUUCAGACACCAAAGCCAGACUUCUAUCAUGCGAUACACGAUGGACCUGUCAACACGCUACAACGCUCUCCUUUCUUUAAGGAUGUAGUUUUGUGUGUUGGAGGGUGGACCUACACAAUAUGGAAGGAGUCAAUCAAUAGUGGUCCAAUCCUGCAGUCUUCUGCCAGUACUGUCAAGUUAAGUGCUGGGCACUGGUCACCAUCAAGACCAGGCGUGUUCUAUAUAGCCAAAGUGGACGGCAGUGUGGAUGUGUGGGAUCUCCUUGACAAGACACAUGAGCCAUGUAUGACACAGAAUGUAUCGCCUGUACCAAUCACAUCUCUCUACCCAUUCCCUGUGUCACAGAAGCAGCACCUGAUGGCUGUAGGUGACACAGCUGGGACACUACACAUACUAGAGAUUCCUUGGAGUCUGAGACAACCUACAGCCAAUGAGUACACAGGAAUAUCCAAUUACUUUGAGCGUGAGGUGAAGAGGCGUGCUUUCGUCGUGUCACGCUGGGACUUCAGAGAGAUUGAGAAGAGGGAACUAGAACAAGAACAUAAACGGAAGAUGGGGAUUGCACCAAAUGUACAGCUAUCAGAGGAGGAAAUUGAGUAUCGUCAGAAACAAGAAUAUGCUGCAUAUAUCGAUGAGGAAAACACAUUCUUAAGAGAACUGGGGCUGAAGGAUGAUGAUGAACCACUGCCUGAAACAUGACCUGAAAAAAUUUCCAACUUAUAAGUUUCAGGGAAAAUCGUGAAACAGAUGUUUUAGGACUCAGGAAAACAAUUAGAUUUUUAGUUAUAAAAAACUCUUGUUUUCUUUCAAUGAUAUGCUCAUCCUUUGUUAAACUAAUGCCUUCAUAUCAACUGGAAUAUUCUUCAGUUAGCUGAGAGCUAUACAGACAGAGGGUACCAUCAAGACCACAAUAAUGAUACAUACAAGCCUAUCUGUAAUAAAGAUUGUUAGUCUCAAUCCAUGAAUGUCUUGUGAAAAUCAGAUUCCUUAGAUAUGAAACAUAUAUGAUACUGUAUUGUGUGCAUCAUCCUGUGUACAACUAUUACUGAUUGUGUAAUAAACUUUUAAGUGAUGCAGCCACACCAAGUAUUUUUUCAAUUUGGUGUUAAGCUUUCUUAUUAGUAGAAAUACAUUACUGACAAGGUUUCCAGGUAUUAUUUAAUAUAUUAUUGAAAUAGAUGUAUGAGUAGUAUAUCCGUGAUAAUAUGUCUUUGGCAAAUAGUAAUAACUUUUUGUUGUUGAUUUCUGUUUAUCUUAACGCCAUGAAUUAGU